AUGCAGUCCAUGGCCACUGUCUUCUUCCGCCGCGCAGUACGCCACCCAGCGCCAGUCUCUGGGUUUUGUGCGUUGUUCUUCGCCUCCAUGGCGAGGGAGGAGCCGGAACUGGUCGAGUUGUUGGAUUACAUGGAGAGGCUGAAGAACUACGAGAGGGUAGGGGUCCCCAGGGACGCCGGGACGGAGACAGAUGAAGGGUUCGAUCUUGGGAGGAUGAGGCGGCUGCUUAAGCGCCUCGGCGAUCCUCAAUUUAAUUUCCCAGUGAGUUGCUCGGGGAUCGCUACUUUCCUUGGACUUGGAUUGAAAUAUGCGGUAUAUGGAUACAUAUUUCCAACAUUGUUUUAAAAUUUGACAAAUCAGUCUUCGACCCUUAUAUCUUUCAUUAUAUCGGCUUAAAUGUUAUAUUACAUUCUUGUAAUAUAUGUGCUUUGAUUCAUCCAAAAAAAUUCAGUGAUACAUUGUUUGACAUAGGGAUAAAAAACACUAUGCAGCAUAAGCGUUCUGGACGUUAAAUCCUGUGUGGGUGCUCGUUCAACCAAGACACCCUAUCCCCAAAAGUUGAGCCAAAAAUAUGAUCGCACCGUCUGAGCUUCAAGAGGGUCAAUAAUUUCUUGUCAAAUUCUGAAAGGCGAUCCCACGUCUUUUUCACAUUUUUUUCUGUGUAUGCUUGCAUUUCAAUGAGUGUGUGGACUUCUAUGGUCUACAUAGUUUUCCAUGCUACUACAAACUACUAACCAAGUCCUAAUAGAGUCCUAGUAUUGUUGGCUAUUCAUAUGCCAAGGGAGGAGGAAAUGAAGUAACCACCUAAUAGUUUGAAAAUUGUGUAGGCAAUCCAUAUUGCUGGGACUAAAGGAAAAGGAUCUACUGCAGCAUUUCUUUCUAGUAUAUUACGGGAAAGUGGAUUCAAUGUGGGGACUUAUUCGAGGUUUGCACUUCUCCCUUCUGAUUAUUGUUUUCAUUUUACACACGUGAAGCUUCUUACAUCUACAUGGUUAGUACUUCUAAUAAAUGACAGGGGGAUGGCAUACUAUACUUGUGUAGAGACGUUGGGUUACCUAUCUCAAGACAUGUAUUUGCCCAAAAUAGCCAUGAUUAUGGGCUACGUACAAUUUUAUGCAAUAUAUAUGUUAUGAAAGGACUAUCUCUUCCCUGGACCUCUUCAUUAGGCCUCGUCAUAGUUACUGGUCUCUGAAAAAAGAUAGUUCUAAGCAAGAGCGUUGGUGCUUCUCUUUGCCUGAAAAAAGUGUUGCCUGUUUGCUGUUGUCUUUUCCCUUUGAUAUCUUAGAUGUCAACUCCACAUUAUGGAUGUAAAAUUACAUUGUUCCCUUUUAAUCUUCUCAAUAUUGGGCAAUGUUAUGGCCCCAGUAGUGAUCAGCUAAUGUUAUAGAGAAACUCGGUUAUAUACUUUGAUCUGCAUAUCCAUCUCAUUUAUGUUGGACAGUGUUGAAAACUGGUUUCCAUGUGUCAAAUAGACGGACAUCAAUCAUUAUUUGCAUUUGGCUUUUUCAGUCAUAGUCACUAUCACAACCAAGGUUAAGCAUAUAUUUUGGGAACUUGAUCCUAUGGAAUUGAUUUCAAUUAUUUCUCUUUCAACACUGCAUAUUUAAUGCUUUUAGUUGUUUACACGUUGUGGAUAAACAGUCUUGAAAACUGGGGUGAACUUCUGGAAGUCACACUUGAUCAAAGUGGACUUUGCCGGAGUGAUAGUCUUGGCUAUCUUUACCCUUUUUUUCUCCAAAACUCUAUUUCGUGGUCUGGCCAUAAUUCAGCACCCACAGGUGCCAUCGCUGUGUCCUAAUCUGAGAGGCCACCUUAGUGAGGAUUUUACUGUACAAAGGAAAAAACUCAGAAGGCAAUUCAUUUUCCCAGUUGAAUUAGAGAAACUUUGUGUUAUUUAGAAGAAAUGUGGACCCCUAACACAUGAAUUUUGCAGGUCGAUUGGUGUUAAUACUGGAAGAUAGUCAAAACCACUUUGAUCUCAAAGGCAAUCAGUAAAUGGCCAAAGUGUGUUACAUACUCACACAUGUACCACGCUGAAUAUUUAGACAGUAAUAGGUAUACUCAAUUUUUAUGCAAGCUGAAUGGAGUUUUCUUUCCACUUGCUUUGCGCUUGCAAUAAAAGAGAGCAAAAUUAUUAAUUCAAAAUGCUACGUUCUUUUUUUCUAUUUUAUGUGAGGAGCAAAUAUCGGUGAUUUUAGAUGCUCGACUGUUUUACGCACCUAUUGACUAGCAGAACAGGGUGUUCAAUUUGUCUUCUUUGUGACGAAGUUUGUCUUUAGGAAUCUUUUCCUUUACGCUGUUUAUUAGUUUAUCUAUUUUUGAAUUUCCUAUAUGCAUGAUCCAUGGGUAGACAAGAUCCUUGGGAAGGCCCCAAAAGCCAAGGUUCUUGCUAGAGCCAAUUUGGUUAGCGUCUUUAUUUUUAUUCUGAGUAAAAAACCUACACUGUGUGUUUCUUGCUUAUCCACAUUGCGUCGGUUUGACUGCCAGGUCCUCUUGAUUUACAUGAUUGUCUUUUUUUCUCCUGUGCAGUCCACAUUUAUGGACAAUUCGGGAGCGCAUUUCUCUUGGAAGAAGUGGAAACAAUGUUUCAGCAAAAACAUUGAACAAUAUUUUUCACCAAGUGAAAGAAAGUAUUGACGACUCGAUAGAAUCAGAGAAUGGGCAGCUAACCCAUUUUGAGGUGCGAUGCACGACCAAAAAGAUCUUUAUCUAUUAUGGACAAGUUUAAUUUUGUUUCUAGGUUGUUCUUAUAUUUUGUUAGAAGUAUAUGCUUCCAGCACAGUUUAUUUCCUCUUGGUGUUGCUGAGUAGAUCAUUCUCCCCAACAAGUUGGCAUGUUUUUCCUCAUCGUCUAUAAUCUAAUUCCAACGUUAUGCUAUCCUGUGCAUCGUAAACUUUUCAAAUAAUGUAGUCUUUUAUUAUGUUCAUUUGUUAUAUCUAAGAUAGUCAUUUUAGUUUUGAGAUUCAUUUACUUAUAUGCUAUCAGUAAUCUUCGGUUUCUGUCUAAAUAAUGUAAGAUAAGAAAUUUUCAGCGGAAAGGAAAAACGAUAAUGAGAAGUCUGAAGUAUCUUACAUGGAUAAAGAAGUAAGCUAGCCAUUUUAUAAGUCACCGUACUCUCUGUGUGAUUAUCGCUCAUCUUCAGAUGUUGGGCAAACUGCCUUAUAGUGCUUGCCUGUGAGGGGUACCAGAGGGUAGAGGGAGGGUACCAGAGGAGAGACGUCAAAAUAAUGAUUUGGGCCAGAAAACCGUCUUCCUCCAAAUUUAAUUCUCGCUUAAAUAGAGAAAGAUUAGUUCUAUGCUCUAGAAAGUAGGAUAUGCUAACUAAGCUACUAAAAUAGAUGAUCUUCUCGGAAAAAGGAAAAUGUUACAGAGAAGAUGUUACGACAUUUGGGCCGUCAACGGUUGGGGCCUUUUUGGUGCACUUUUUGAGCGUUCUCUGUUUCCUGUGAUUCUAUUCUACACCAAGGCAGCUAUGAUUUUUCAUUCUUUGACAUGGGCUCUUCGGCUUCUAAUCUAUACCUCACCCAAUCCCAAACCAUUGUCAGGUAGGGCUUUUUAUUUAGGGUUUCGUCUUAAUAUCCUUGUCCAGAAAAAUCGAGGCUGGCAACAUGCCCAUUUGACUUAUUCUCCUGGAUAAACAUUUUAUGGAUAUCAUAGAUAUUCUAAGCAUAUUGAUUUACAAUUGUUUUUAACUAAUGCUGUAAAUCGAGUUUUUCAAUUAUAAUCGUACGUGGUGAAGAAUUCUGUUGAAAUAUAUUUUCGCUGCAUUUAAAUUACUAUCUCAAUAGAAUCAACUAUUGGCAUGAAUAUAAAGUACUGACUGAAAGAAAAAGAAAUCAAAUAAUAUUUGUGCCGCACAUUUUCACAGUUGAUGGACAUUGGGAUAUGGACAUGAAUAAUUGUAUCAAAUACGGCUGUAUGCGUGAAGAGACCACUUGUCAGAUCUUAAUGCAGGUGUCCAAUGUAUCAUUUGAUUAUUCACAAACUUUCAGGACUUUCCUUCUUGCCAAGAUUAGUCAACUUGGCAAGAAAAGAGCAUUUAACUUGGAUAUCCAUCCCCUGUGCUUGCUUCUUUGUUCCUUUUCUAUAUGAACGGACACAGUUUAAAUCACCUAUUUUUUUGUGGAGAGGUGUCAAUGUACUCUGCGGAUGUCCAAUGAACAUCUGGAAGGUGAAAUGUGGUCUUUAGAGGAAUUAAUCGUAGUGCAUCAAAAGUCGUUCGAGCAAACUUCCCUUUGCUGAUUUGCACGUGUCCAUUGAAGUUUUUUGGCAAUCCUACUUGCUGCAUAUCCCAAAACUUCCACAUUUUUAUCUUGUUCUGCGACUCUGACUCUCCAUGUCGAUGCUAAUUUUUUCUUUCAUCUACUUUGAAGAUAUACAUGUCAAUUUAACUUCUGUGAGCACUUAAUGGGAGAAUACCACUAUCCUCAGGUCUUUACUGCUCUGGCCUUUGCGCUUUUCUCUAAGGAAAAUGUUGAUAUUGCGGUCAUUGAGGUACGAAGUUUUUUUUUUUUUUACUUUAUGAGAUUUUUCCAAUCUGUGAUUAUUCUUUAAUCCUCUCUGUGAAGUGUUGAAGCAUUUUACUUGAGAAAUUUAGCAGAUUAUUAAUGUGAUGGAACCUGAUGGUGUCCCGUAUUGUGUCAGGCUGGCCUUGGUGGAGCACGAGAUGCAACUAAUGUACUGAGCAGCAGUAAAUUAGCCAUCUCUGUUAUAACAACGGUCGGUGAGGAACAUUUGGCUGCCCUUGGUGGAUCCUUGGAGAGCAUUGCAUUGGCAAAGUCAGGGAUCAUCAAACAUGGGCGCCCAGUACUGCUCUUAUCCUUCUUCAUUCUUUUCCAUCAAAACUCAGCUGAGACCAUAAAAUAGUGCCGAUGUAUUGAAUCAUUUUCGUUUUCAUUCUGGGUAGAAAGGCCCUUUGAACUUUUCGGUCAUUACACAUACUAUUGCUUAUACGUUACAGAUCAAUGUCCCCUCCCCCUUUACCAGAGACACUUUUGUGCAAGUGGGCACCAACCUAUUUCAGCUUACAAUCAUUUAUAUUCAUUAUGAAAUUUGCCAUUGAUAGCAUCAUGCUGAGACUUUCAUUCCUUUUGUUUUCGUGAAAAUUUCCUGGUACUCAUCUUCAAUGUAGAUGUCAUAAACUCCGUGCACUUUUUUUCUGGGCACACUUGAGAAAUUAAACACGGAAAUUAGGAUCGGUCCAAUUUUUCAUUUUCCCCCAUUCUUCAUUCGUCAACUCUCUCUCUCUCUCUCUCUGACAUGGGCCUCUUGUUUGGGCGUCUCAGUUGGUGAUCGGUGGUCCAUUUGAUAUGCACAUAGAAAAGAUACUCCGGAGCCGAGCAUCAUCUAUGUGUUCUCCCGUGGUAUCCGGGUGCGAUCCUGGAGUUCGAGGUGUCAUUAAAGGCGUUGGAACAGUAGAUGGCAAACCUUGCCAAUUUUGUGACAUACACAUCAAAAUAGAAAGGGAUUUACAGUUGGUAAGACCUUGAUUUUAUUAAAAGCUAUCCCCUUAUUUUUGAAGCAAGUGAUCCCUCAGAGCUGCGGUAUUUUCUGUGCAGUGCAGUGACUUCUCCAAUGUUAAACUGCGAAUGAUUGGACAUCAUCAGCUGCAGAAUGCCAUUACUGCCGCUUGUGCAUCACUGUGCCUCCGUGAUCAAGGUGGGUACCUUGACUUGGCCUAGUUUUGACAUUAAAUUACCUGUUCGCCACCAGUAGUUUAUCCCUGAUGAAUAAUUAGAUUUUCAGUGAUGAUCGAUGUGUCUCUAACUAAUCUUUGUCUGGUUCCUAAAUUAUUACUGCACCGAUUAAGGAAAAAAAAAAGAAGCAGAGUUGAAGAGGCAUUCUUAGGGUUUGCUAGGCUAUUGAAAACUGGGUACCUUCUGUUUCCCAAAGGAGAAUGUUUGGCUGUUUUCGAAUGCCUAACUAGCCUCAUGUUUCAGCAGAAAUUGAACAAAGCGUGGCAUGAGUUGAUCAUCAGGGUCAUUCAGAAAUUGAAAUUUUUAUCAUUUUUUUGGAGAACGGAAAUGUGAAAUCUGAAUCAGCUAAUAACCCAGAAGACCAAAUGGAUUAAAUGAAAGUCAUAUUCUAUCUGUAGCACGAAGGAAUAGCUGUCAGAAGCCUCAUCAGGGACCUUAAGGGGUUGGUUGUAUGCCAGCUUUGCUUUACUUAUAAUUUAGUGUUUAUAUGUUAUUAACCACAGUUUUUACGUUAUUUUUAUUAAUCUUUUUGCGCUCCACCGGGUACCAGCUGAUCAUAAUCCUUGGUAUUUGUUGAAAGUUUUACAAAACAAAAGUAAAUAUGGAAAGAAAAUGAGUCAAAGGCAAGUAGGUCUGUCAACAGCCCAUCUCAAAAUCACCCAUAUAUCGCCCCAUCUCUCUCUCUCUCUCUCUCUCUCUCUCUCUCUCUUGACAAAUUUCCGAGACAUUAGGAUGGGAGGUACCAGCCGAGUCUAUCCACAGCGGGUUGGAGAAAACGGAGCUACUCGGGAGAAGCCAGUUCUUGACACCCAUAGAAGUUGAAGCCCUCGGACUGUCCGGAGUCUCAGUGCUCCUUGACGGAGGUAACUCUACACCUCAAGUUUCUUACUCAUAUUAUCCUCACAUCACACCACCACCACCAUCUUCUUAUAGUUUCUUACUUGUUGACAAAUAUGCAGCCCACACCGAAGCUUCUGCCAAAGCUCUGGCGGACACGGUCAACAUGGUCGCUCCAAAUCGGCAGCUGGCCCUCGUAGUAGCCAUGGCCAGUGACAAGGACCAUCUCAAGUUCGCAAGUCAACUCCUUUCAGGUGACAACUUCUUCUGACCCUCUCUCUCUCUCUCUCUCUCUCUCUCUCUCUCUCUCUCUCUCUCUUCAUGAAUCUGCAGCUUCAGCUGGGAAUUUCCUCGGUUUCCUCUCUCCACUGCUGCAGGUCUGAGGCCGGAGAUUGUGCUACUAUCCGAAGUGAGCAUUGCCGGAGGUGGGUCCCGCACGGCGCCAGCGUUGACUCUGAAGGAUGCCUGGGUAGAUACUGCAGUGGCCCUGGCUUUGGAUUUCAAGGACAUCGGGCCGGGGGAAGAAGUCAACGCGAGUGGGCCCACAACGCUCAUCGGCUGCCGAGCCUCGCCAAUCGAGGACUCCUUGAGGGUCGCACACCAGCUUCUCAGGUCCAGACCGGAAGGGUUGGAUCGUCUAGUUGUGGUCACCGGCUCUCUCCAUAUCGUUUCACAUGUACUUCGCUCAGUCCAGUAA